UUUGGUUUCUAUAAUAAGAUAAUAAACCUUUGAACCUAUACACAAUGGAUCGUGUGGUUUGCUAAUACUAAUGUUUAAUUAUGUUGUUGAGCUGUACUUUCCUUGUAUAAAUAACUAUACUUUGCUAGUCUCUAACACUACACAAUUAUAAUCACACUCUAAACUCAAACAUUGAUUUGUUGAGGUGAUGGCAUCCCCAAGCGAAUUGAACAGCCAAGCCUUCAAUCCAAGCCUGACAGCCGGCAAAAUCAUCACUUGCAAUGCUGCCGUUUUGAAAGGUCCAAAACAAGCUUUUGUACUGGAAAAGAUUGAAGUGGAUCCUCCGCAGAGAUUGGAGAUCCGGAUGAAGAUCCUCUAUACCUCAAUCUGUCACACUGAUCUAAGCGCUUGGAAAGGAGAGAACGAAGCUCAGCAAGCGUUUCCUCGGAUUCUGGGGCAUGAAGCUGUCGGAAUAGUGGAGAGCGUAGGAGAAGGAGUGCGAGAGCUGAAAGAAGGAGAUUAUGUGAUACCCAUUUUCAACGGAGAAUGUGGAGACUGCGUCUACUGCAAAAAUGAGACGACCAAUCUGUGCGGAAAGUUCAGAGUGAACCCCUUCAAAAGCGUCAUGGAAAACGACGGCAAGUGUAGAUUUAGGACAGAAGAUGGAGGAGCGUUGUACCAUUUUCUCAACACUUCCACUUUCACAGAGUACUCAGUGCUCGACUCAGCUUGUGUAGUCAAGAUCGAUUCCGAUUCCCCUCUCAAGAAAAUGAGCCUGCUUAGCUGUGGGGUCUCUACAGGGGUAGGAGCUGCAUGGAAUGUUGCAAAUGUCCAGGCUGGAUCAAGCGUCGCCGUUUUUGGUUUGGGGGCAUUAGGGCUUGCGGUUGCCGAAGGAGCACGUAUAAGAGGAGCAUCCAAAAUAAUAGGCGUUGACAUCAACUCAGACAAAUUCGAAAAAGGCAGAGCUAUAGGGAUGACAGAUUUUAUAAAUCCGAAAGAUAGUCCAAAGCCGGUGCAUGAGAGAAUUAGAGAGAUGAGUAGCGGGGGCGUAGACUACAGCUUUGAAUGUGUAGGGAACUUGGAAGUUCUUCGAGAAGCCUUCUUGUCGAGUCAUGAUGGUUGGGGUAAGACUGUGUUAGUAGGAAUUUAUGCGACUCCGCAAUUAUUACCUCUACAUCCAAUGGAGUUGUUUGAUGGGCGAACCAUCACUGGAACUAUCUUUGGUCACUUCAAAGCCAAGACUCACAUUCCUGCUCUUGUCAAAGAUUGCAUCACCGGGGUGGUGAAUCUAGAUGGAUUCAUAACUCAUGAACUACCCUUCGAAAAGAUAAAUGAAGCUUUUGGGCUGCUCAAGGAUGGCAAGGCAUUGAGGUGUCUUCUUCACCUUUGAUUGCACACCCACAACAGUUGACAGACGAGAUGCAUUCUUGUGUUUUUUAUAUGUAUGCUGCUUUUUGUUAUAUUUACAAACACAGUUGUACUCUCUAAUUCAAACGCCAAUGCGCUCAAACUGUACUUAACUCCAACAUCAGAUAAAGUUUGUCGUAA